AUGAAACAUCUUCAGCAAGGCGAAGGUCCUUUGUUCGAGACAUUCGCGGCCGCGGAGCCGCGCAAGACUGCCUUCUUGCGCUUCGGAAACAUAGUUGCGUUUGUACCCAGUCUGAAGCAACUUUGA